AUGAUGAAGAACAGGAGAGAAAUACAAGCGAGUUUUGAAGCACUACACGAAAAGAAAGAGAAACUGAAAGUAGCAUCCUACGUGAGAUUGAGGUUCUCCUGCUCCUGCUGCCUGGAUCGCUUGAUAUACGACUCAGCAAGCUUCUAUCAGGUUGUGGAUGGUAGGAACAGCGACUCAGCAAGCUUCUAUCAGGUUGUGGAUGGUAGGAACAGCGACUCAGCAAGCUUCUAUCAGGUUGUGGAUGGUAGGAACAGCGACUCAGCAAGCUUCUAUCAGGUUGUGGAUGGUAGGAACAGCGACUCAGCAAGCUUCUAUCAGGUUGUGGAUGGUAGGAACAGCGACUCAGCAAGCUUCUAUCAGGUUGUGGAUGGUAGGAACAGCGACUCAGCAAGCUUCUAUCAGGUUGUGGAUAGCAGGAACAGCGACUCAGCAAGCUUCUAUCAGGUUGUGGAUGGUAAGAACAGCGACUCAGCAAGCUUCUAUCAGGUUGUGGAUAGUAGGAACAGCGACUCAGCAAGCUUCUAUCAGGUUGUGGAUGGUAGGAACAGCGACUCAGCAAGCUUCUAUCAGGUUGUGGAUAGCAGGAACAGCGACUCAGCAAGCUUCUAUCAGGUUGUGGAUGGUAGGAACAGCGACUCAGCAAGCUUCUAUCAGGUUGUGGAUGGUAGGAACAGCGACUCAGCAAGCUUCUAUCAGGUUGUGGAUGGUAGGAACAGCGACUCAGCAAGCUUCUAUCAGGUUGUGGAUGGUAGGAACAGCGACUCAGCAAGCUUCUAUCAGGUUGUGGAUAGCAGGAACAGCGACUCAGCAAGCUUCUAUCAGGUUGUGGAUGGUAGGAACAGCGACUCAGCAAGCUUCUAUCAGGUUGUGGAUAGUAGGAACAGCGACUCAGCAAGCUUCUAUCAGGUUGUGGAUAGUAGGAACAGCGACUCAGCAAGCUUCUAUCAGGUUGUGGAUAGUAGGAACAGCGACUCAGCAAGCUUCUAUCAGGUUGUGGAUAGUAGGAACAUAAGAAAAGUGUAG